ACCGCAAAUAUAGAUUAUCCCUCAUACAACGUUCAGAUCACCAUUUAUCCUACCUGGACCGAAAACAAAGUCAACAGGUUUGAGGCUUAUGGGAAGCUUACAGUAAGGAGCUUUCCGCCCUCAAAAAUACUAAAUAAUUGACCUUGUUGAACACAAAAAAAUGAAAGGCAAUGUGUGAGACUCAGUCAGCGUAAAAAGAAAGGUUUGCAAAAGAGAAAAUUUGACCAAUUCUCAUAAUAGAUGUUAUGUUUCUCAAAGUCCAACCUGGUGGUCUCAGUCUCACAGCAAGCUGCUGCUUUGUUUGAGUUGGGUUGCUUUUUUUCUACUGUAUUAUUAUUAUUUAUUAAAAAAUACAAUAUUAUUCGUAGCGGGAUGGCCGACUGGGUCGACUUUCACUUCAACUCCAUUUUCUUCUUUCUUCUUUUGGUUUAUGCUGGUGAAGCAGAACAAUGGGAGGGAUCUGUUCGAGGAGCGGCGUCAAAGAGAAUGAAGUUGGAAAUAGGCAUGGCGGUGAUAAUCUCCUCAAUCAUGAUGAGAGUAAGGCUAGUUCGGAAACUAGGUUGAUGGGUCCAUCCCAAGCGAGGGAAAUCAUAGAGAAGAGGAUUGAGGAAACCGCCGAUGACUUCUACGAUGGAAUCCCGCGUUUUACAAGGGCUAUGUCCCAUAAAUCUAGAUCGGUUAGGUCCAACCACCCUGCUGUUAUUAAGGUUUCAGAGGUGAGUUCACGUUUAGGCAAAGCUGGUUCAGUUGGACUGGGAAAAGCAGUGGAGGUGUUGGAUACUCUAGGGAGUAGUAUGACAAGUUUAAAUUCUAGUGCUGGAUUUGCUCCUGGAGUGGCAACUAAAGGCAAUGAACUUUCAAUAUUAGCCUUUGAGGUCGCAAACACGAUUGUAAAGGGUUCAAAUCUUAUGCAAUCCCUUUCUAGAAGAAACAUAAGGCAUUUAAAAGAAGUGGUACUUGCUGCAGAUGGUGUGCAAAAUUUAAUAUCUGAAGAUAUGGAUGAACUCUUAAGGAUUGUUGCUGGUGACAAAAGGGAAGAGUUGAAAACUUUUUCAGGAGAAGUGGUUCGUUUUGGAAACCGUUCAAAGGAUCCUCAAUGGCACAACUUGGAACGUUAUUUUGAAAAAAUCAGUAGAGAACUUACUCCUCAGAAACAAAUGAAGGAAGAAGCAGAAUUAGUGAGAGAGCAGUUGAUGAUUUCGGUUCAGCAUACAGCUGAACUAUACCAGGAAUUGCAGGUUUUGGACAAGUUCGAGCAAGAUUACUUACGAAAGUGUCAAGAGGAAGAUAAUUCAGCUGCUCCUCUGAAAGGUGACAGGCUUGCUAUCUUGAGGGCAGAACUAAAAGGCCAAAGAAAGCAAGUAAAAAAUUUAAAAAAAAAGUCACUUUGGUCCAAAAGUUUGGAAGAGGCCAUGGAGAAACUUGUAGUUAUUGUCCAUCACUUAAUCUUGGAGAUCCACUUUGCCUUUGGAAGUGUUGAGUAUCAAGUAUCAGCCAAAGGAUCUGUGAGCAGUUAUCAAAGAUUGGGACCUGCUGGCCUUGAUUUGCAUUAUGCAAAUAUGGUUAUGCAAAUUGAUACUCUUGUAGCCCGAUCAAGUUCUAUGCCUGCAAAUACAAGGGAUGCAUUAUACCAGAGUUUGCCACCCUCCAUAAAAUCUGCUCUACGCUCGAAAUUACGAUCUUUUCAUGUCAAAGCAGAGCUUACUGUUACAGAAGUCAAAGAUGAGAUGGAGAAGACACUGCAGUGGCUUGUUCCAGUAGCCACUAACACAGCCAAAGCCCAUCAUGGUUUUGGUUGGGUUGGGGAGUGGGCAAACACAGGUUCUGAGAUCAACAGGAAACCUUCAACCGGGCCAGCUGAUGUGAUUCGGAUUGAGACACUCUAUCAUGCCGAUAAAGAGAAAACAGAGACCUAUAUUCUUGAACAACUGUUGUGGCUCCAUCAUUUGGUCAACCAAUCGAAGUCAGGUGUCCCUCUUGGCUUGAAGACAUCUAUCAAAACCCUAAUUACACCGUCACAGAAGAUGAGUGAGCAGGCCAAAGGUGAGCCUACCACUGCUCUAACACCAGAAGACCAGAAGUUGCUACGGGAUUUAACUAAGAAAGUACGAAUUCAUGGGAGUAGCAGAAGUCAGGAUUUUGACUCUGAGAGGAGGUUGAGAAAGAAUGAUCGACUGAGCAAGAGUACGAGCCACUCUCCUCCAAGAGAAAGCAAGGAAAAAGCCCCUACUAAAAGGCUUCCUUCUGGGGUUCACAUCGUUGGUUUUGGCAUGUACAAAGAGAAAGCAUUGGAUGUUAUUGACAGAGUUGACAUCCUCAGAUAAUUUCUAGAAUGAUAGGAUUAUGGAUACAUGGGCUAAUGAGGUAUUGUCAUAUAAAUAAUUCACUUUUGCAUUUACCGAUCUGUCCUACUGCAACCGGAAGAGCAUUGUGAAAUUUCAGCGGAAUCCAUCAAGCUCUACAUUUCCUUUGGCUAAUUCAGGUACUAUACUCAGCUGCUAUUGUCUAAAGAGUAUUUCUAGGAUGCCAUGUUUAUCUAAGUCGGAGAGAUUGGCAAGAGGGUGGUGCUGGUGGCUUUUUUCCUGUAAUUGUUUGUGUACAGAGUGUGUAGGUCAGUUUAUUUUUGGUAGAGAUUACAUAACCUCUGUUUGUUCAAAGGUACCACUUGUUUUGUUCAACUAUGCUAUUACCCAUCAAAUUAUCUACACCGGCAGUGACAAUGUGAUUUUAAUGUAUAAUUUAUAUGUAUUAUAUUAUUUAAAUUAUAGUUUUAAAGUA